AUGCAUUCCGUCGCACCCCGUCUGCUCUCCCGAGCUUCUACUUCUUCCUCCUCUAUCCGUUCUAAUAUCUUGACUUCUUCGCAAUCUUCCUUCCGUCUCCAGCAGCGAUUCCCGGCGCGUCGCUUUUACUCCUCAGAGCCUCCCAAGAAGUCUUCUGGCAUCAAGUUCUGGCCUUUCCUUGCCGUUGUCGGUGCUGGCAGCUUAGCUUACAAGUUCCUCGUCGACCAGAGAGCAGACACUGCCUACCCUCCCCAAAGCUCCAAGGAGCUUUGA